AUGACUCACCAUCAGUGUGCAUGGACAGAUUACAGAGAGGAGGACGAGCUGACCCUGUCCCAGACCCUGGACCAGCUCCUGUCCAGGGACAUGGUCCAGGUGGAGCUCAUCCCAGAGAAGAAGGGACUGUUCCUCAAACAUGUGGAGUACCAAGUCACCAGCCAGCGUUAUAAAAUAUCAGUUUAUCGACGAUACAGUGAUUUUGACGUCUUCCAUGAAGUUUUGCUGCAGAGAUUUGCAUACAGAGUCGUACCAGCGCUUCCUCCAAAACGAAUGCUGAAAGGAGUUUUGACCUCCAUCUCCGAGCGUGAGUUUAUUGAAGGCCGGAGACGUGCCCUGGGCAGGUUUAUUAACUUAGUCGCUCGUCAUCCUUUCUUCUCCCAGGACGAGCUGGUCAAAACCUUCCUCACCUUCAGUGGCACCGACGUCCAGACCAAGCUGAGAGAAGCUUACAAAAAAACAGGGGAUGAGUUUAUGACCAACAGGAUCGCAACACAGGCAAAGGAGUAUCUCCCGGCUGACAUCCAGGCCCAGUUCUCCACCAGUCGAGAACUCAUUAGAAACAUUCACAACAGUUUCUUUAAACUUCGCGACCGCGCUGAGAAGAUGGCGGAGCGCUCAAAGGAAAACGCCACUGAUCUGCUUUUGUUUGGCAAGGAGCUCAGUAAUCUAGGCUCAGAUUCUUCGACUAUUCCCUGCUUUGCGUCGUCCCAAAGUAGCUGGGGGGCGCUGCGUCAGUCCCUGAAGAGUUUGUCUGUGGAGUUUGCAGUGCUGUCGGACAAAGCUGCUCAGCAAGGGAGACGGGAAGAGGAUGAUGUGGUGGAAAGAUUAAACCUGUUCCUGGAUUUGCUGCAGUCCUACAAGGAUCUGUGUGAGCGGCAUGAGAAAGGUGUACUCCAUGAACACCAGAGGGCGCUGCACAAAUACGGGAUGAUGAAGAGGCAGAUGAUGAGCGCCACAGUUCAGCCCAAAGAGCAGGCGUCAGUGGAGCAGCUGGAGUCCAGGAUAGUGCAGCAAGAAAAUGCCAUUCAGACAAUGGAGCUGCGUAACUACUUUUCCCUCUUUUGCCUUCAUCAAGAAACACAGCUUAUCUUCUCCUAUCUCCCAAUCACGUCCCACAUCCUCGGUGCCUUUGUUAACUCACAGGUCCAAGGACACAGAGAGAUGGGAGAAGUGUGGACAGAACUCCAACCUAAACUUGGAUGUCUCUUUGGUCGUAGCAAUGGAGUAAAGCUGCCUGUUUAAAGACACUAUCACCAAUAAAAACAAGCUGCUCAAGUAUCUGUAUAAUGCUGAAUUAAGAAAACUGCAAAUUGAAAAGCUUAUAAUAUAUGUAACCAAUGUAAAACCUUUCUAUGCCGACAGUGCACAAGUGAACAGAAUCAUAUUUAUGCUCUGCUGAAAUAAUUUUCUUAUCAAAAAGAAAGCUAUACUCUAUAUAAUUAUCACACACAACACUCCUACAUUUUCUGCUUUUUAUAAAAUAUAAUACACUUUAAGAGACACUAAGCUGAGACAAAAUGAUCAAUGCAUUGUUAGAAAAAUACAUAAAUGCGCCACUAUUUUUGUAAACAGGAAGUACAUAUUUAUGGUUUUUAGACAAUGUUUUUGCCUAAUCUUGACAGUGCUUUGUUGCAUUAAUGUUACCUGCAUUGUGUUUGGUAUGACAAAAAGAGCUUGUCACUAUGAUGAUUAUAACACUAUAAAAACCAAAGACAGCUUCAGUAUUUGUACAUUUGUAGAUCAGCGAAUCAAACCCAUGGAAAAUAUGUUUACUUGUUAUAAACUUUGUCAGACAAAGUAAGCACCACUACACAGGAGUAAGAGUAAGAACAGUUUGUAUUUUAAAACAAAUCAUAUCUGUAUGCAUGUAGUGGGAAUUCAAAUGAAGAAAUAUAAAAGUAAUUCACACUUUGGUAAAUAUGCUGGAAUUUUUUAACAGAACAAUUUAUAAAACAUUUCAGUGUACAUAAUGUAAAUACUGUGUAUUUAAACCUCUUGCCAAACGCAUUUUCUCAGUUUUUAAUAAAUGAUUAAAAUCAUUGAACCUAA